AUGGAAGACUCCUGGGUGAUAACCUUUUUGGUUGUGGUCUGCUUUUGGUGCUGUUCCUGUGCUGCCACCACCACACAGCUCUCCGGAGUGCAGGACCUCUUAGAUCACUCCCUAAGAAUUGUUGGAGGGAAGGAGGCGGAGUAUGGGUCCCACCCGUGGCUGGUCUCUCUGAGGUCCAGGGGCUCCUACUUCUGUGGAGCGGCCAUACUCACAGACCGAUGGAUUCUGUCUGCCGCCCACUGCUUCUCCACCGUGUCUAAGCAGUUCUUAAAGAACAUGGAUGUUGCUGUCGGGGAGCAUGAUCAGAGAGUGCCAGAUGCUGAAGAGCAGAUCUUCACAGUGAGAUCCAUCAAAGUCCAUGAAAUGUACCACCACUCUACCCCAAUGAGCUAUGACAUAGCACUUCUGGAGCUGAGCAGACCAAUCCGAUUUGGUAGAUACAUCCAGCCAAUAUGUCUACCUUUUCCCAAUGAGGUUUUCCCACCAAGGACUACCUGUGUUGUGAGUGGGUGGGGACGGACAAAAGAAGGUGGCCGCGUACCUUCCAUUCUGCAUGAGGUGCAGCUGGACCUGGUGGAGCAGGCAAAGUGCAAGUACAUAAUCCAGACAUUGAGACCUGGCCAGAGAACCUUUACUGUUGUUUGCGCUGGUCCAGAGACAGGGGGGAAAGAUGCCUGUCAGGGAGACUCUGGCAGUCCUUUUGUCUGCCCCAGAGGGAACGGUCAUUGGACCCUGGUUGGGGUGACAUCGUGGGGGAAGGGCUGUGGCCGAAGCUGGGUCAACAAUAAAAGCAAGCCGCCGUGGAAGAGGGGGUCACCUGGGGUUUUCACUGACGUCAAAAUAUUCCUGCCUUGGAUCAAAGAAAACAUUAAAGAAGGUCAACAGCUUUCUGAAACUUGCAUGGAAAUUUCACUCUCCGCAGGAGCCUGCAGCGCAAGGGAUGGGCCUUUGGCCGGGAUAGAGGGUGUCAUUCAGAAUCCAGAUCCUCCAGCCUACAGAUAUAGGAACAAUGAGAUGUGCAUCUGGUCCAUCAACGUCCCAGCUGGGAAGAGCAUCCUGCUGGAGUUUCUGAAAUUUGACGUGGAGAACGAUACCCUGUGCAAUAGUGACCAGCUAGCUGUGUUUGCUGGCAGAGACAGACUUAUUGGGAAGUUCUGCGGCCACCAGCACCCCUCCCCCAUUCUUGUCAGCUCAAACAGCAUCACACUCCAGUUUGUGUCUGACUUCAGCAUCUCCGGGACUGGCUUCUCUGUCAAGUUCAUGGCUGUCAAUCCACAUUCUGAGCACGCCUCAGGCUGUGGCACGGUGGCAGUGCUCCAGUCCGAAGGCAUUGUUCAGAGCCUCUGCCACCCCGAUCUCUACGGCAACAACUCUGACUGCCGCUGGGUCAUCCAUGCCCCCCCCGGCCAUGUUGUCAAGCUGGCAUUUAACGAUUUUGAUGUGGAGCCAGCAAGGGAGUGCGUGUACGACUCCCUAACAAUCUUCGGUGAUGUCGAGGGCAAGGAGGAAAUAGCGACACUGUGCGGUAGGACUCUGCCGCCUCCAGUGCUCAGCUAUGAGAAUGUCAUGAUGCUGCAGUUCACCUCUGAUGGCAGUGUGUCCCAUCGAGGCUUCCACGCCAAUGUGUCCUUCAUCAGCAUGAGAGAUUUGUACCAGGAAGAACCGGUUGAACCUGAAGAGAGAUUUGGCGAUGGAGCCAGCGGCCUGCCUUAUCCAAAGAGGCUAGACUUGUGUGGAAUGCCUCAUGCCCACGGCAGGGCAGCUCUGAGCCGGGUGCUGGGCGGGGAGGAGGCAGUGUCUCACUCCUGGCCCUGGCAAGUGCGCCUCAGCCUGGGGUCCAAGCACAUCUGCGGAGGGGCCAUCAUCCGGACCACCUGGGUCCUCACUUCUGCCCACUGCCUGUACGGCCUUGAGAGGAAAUACACUGAUCUACUGACAGUCAUUGCAGGAAACCACAACCUUUCCACCAGGGAGCCUCAGGAGCAGAGACGCACAGUGAGGAGAAUAACACCUCACCCACACUAUAACGACUCCACCCUGGAUUAUGAUGUGGCACUGCUGCAGCUGGACACCCCCCUGAUGUUUAAUGAACAUGUCCGCUCCGUCUGUCUACCCAGGGCUGGACAGGAAGCCCCUCCCUCCCACUCAUGCACUGUCUCAGGGUGGGCUGGUGAGCAGAAUAAGACGACGCUUCAUCAGCUGGAGGUACCAGUCUUGAACCGUAGCAAGUGUGAGAGCCUCUAUCCAGGCAGGGUGACACCCACCAUGCUUUGUGCAGGAUUCCCACUGUCUGAGGGCCAGGACACGUGCACGGGGGACUCUGGAGGACCCCUGGUGUGCCAGUCAGAAGACUCCAGUUAUUCGGUGUAUGGAGUGACCAGCUGGGGCCAAGGCUGUGGAAAGUUCCAGAAGCCUGGGGUCUAUGCCUCAGUUCCAGUUCUUAAGGACUGGAUUCUACAACAUUUGGAGAGCAGCUUUUCUGAGGAAGGUACAAAUGAAUCAGAACCAAGAGCCAAACCACUGCAGGCAGACUGGACCCUCAAUGAUGAAAAGUUUGUGCCCGAGGCAUCUGGAGCUGAUUAG